UAUGCUACCAGCACUUGAAACUAUGCUUAUUCAACAAUUAUAUGCUACCAGCACCGAAGAACAGUCAAGAACCUGAAACUAUAUAUACAUCUCCCCAUAUGUUAACUCACUUUCAUUUACCAGCCUUGAAGCUUCUACAAUUCUACUGUUGCUCAUCACAUUCAUGGCGAUGGGGUUUUCAUUGCAUCUGUUGCUUCUAUUUGUUCACUUGGCUAUAUGUUCUUCGGAGCAAACAUUCCCCUAUAUGACUUCAAAUGUCGAAGAAGUAGCCGGUAGGUCCUUCGACUACAUUGUUGUUGGCGGAGGCACUGCAGGCUGCCCCCUAGCUGCAACCUUGUCUGAGAAAUUCUCAGUGCUGUUGGUGGAACGAGGUGGCUCGCCUUAUGGAGACCCCUUCAUCUUAGAGUCAAAGUACUAUGGAUUCUCAUUGCUCCAAACUGAUGAAUAUACAUCACCUGCACAAAGCUUUGUCUCGAAAGAUGGUGUCAGCAAUCUCAGAGGACGGGUGCUAGGAGGAUCAUCUGCUAUUAAUGGUGGGUUUUACAGCAGAGCAAGUAAGGAUUUUGUCAAAAAGGUCGGGUGGGAUAAUAAGGGAGUUAGGGAUGCUUAUGAAUGGGUGGAAUCUAGAUUAAGCAUCUCUAAACCUGAUUUGACUCCAUGGUCGCAUGUUGUUGCGACUAGCUUUCUUGAAGCUGGAAUUUGCCCCUAUAAUGGUUUUAGUUUGGAGCAUAUUCAGGGAACAAAGAUUGGUGCUAGUUCGUACGAUAAUCAGGGAAGAAGACACUUAUCAGCUGAUCUUCUACCGGCGGGAAAUCCAAGCAAGAUCACAGUUCUCUUGAAUGCAACUGUAAACAAAGUCAUCUUUUACAGAACUCGUACCACAGAUGAGAAGAUAGCUCGAGGUAUAAGAUUCAUCAAGAGCGAUGGCAGCUCGAAACAGAAUUAUGAAGCUUACGUGAACCAGCUGCAGCCAGAUAACUCGGGUUCAUGGGGUGAUGUGAUACUAACAGCAGGAGCUUUAGGCAGCCCUCAGAUUUUGUUGUUAAGUGGCAUUGGUCCUCAAGAACAGCUAAACAACUUUGAAAUCCCGCUCGUACUCGACUUAAAGGGAGUUGGAGAAGGAAUGCAAGACAAUGCUGCUAUUGGAAUCUUAGCCAACUCCAAGCAGGAAUUUCGAACACCACAACCUCCAAAAGUUGUUGGUAUAGCAGAUGACUUCAAAUUCAUAAUCAAUGUACUAAUUUUACCUAUUAGCUUCAAUUCAACAAUAAUUCCCGUUACUGGCAAAAUUGCCUUCCCGGAUUCCGUAGGAAAGCUUGAACUCAACAGCACCGACCCCAGAGCAAACCCAUCAGUGACAUUCAACUACCUAUCAAGCGAGAAAGACUUGGCACAAUGUGUGAAGUUGACCCAGCUGCUUGAGCUAACCUUAAGGUCCAAAUCAAUUGCUUCCUUCCUGGGUUCGACUGAACACCGAAACAAGCCGAUGCCUACUGUAAACGAGCUCCGGAAACUCUGCAAGACGACUGUCAGAACCUUCUACCACUUCCAUGGUGGUUGCACUAUGGGGUCAGUGGUCGACAAGAAUUAUAGGGUUUAUGGUGUUAAAGGCUUGAGAGUGAUUGAUGGAUCAACCUUCCUGGAAUCACCAGGCACAAACCCAAUGGCCACUCUGCUAAUGCUUGGAAGAUACCAAGGGCUCAAAAUUCUUAAAGAUAGAAAAUAA